GGGGGCGGCUCCUCUACCUCCUCCCCCUCUUCCCGCUCCUCGGGCUCGUCCUCCUGUUCCGGCCGCGGGGGGCGCCGGUGCUGCUGCGCUGGGUGCUAUGGGAACUGCUCCUCGACCUCCUCUUCCUCCUCCUCCCUGGGCUCGACCCGCUUCGGGUGCGGCUCCUCGGCCUCUUCCUCCUCUUCCCGCUCCUUGGCUCGUCCUCUUGGUCUGGCUGUUGGGGGAGCCGGUGCUGCUGCGCUGGAUGAUGAUGCCGCUGAUGUGGCUGCUGCUGCUGCUGCUGCUGGUGAUGGUGCUGAUGCUGGUGCUGGCUCGUCCGCCAGCGCUCUGCACACCGUGACACGCGGUAAGUUGUUGACUCGAUCCUUCCAGCGCCAAACACGUUGGCAUCUCAGGCAAGUGAUGAUGCCCUCGUCGUCACCGCCGAUGUCCGUGCCGGUCUUCCUGUUCCACUGGAGUUCGUGCCGGUCGCGGUUGUAUUGAGCUCCGCCUCGAGCCUGUCCAGCCGUGACGCGGACUGAUUGUAUCCCUCCUGCGUCAGCCACCGGUCGGGCGGCAGCGCUGCCUGUUCACAAGGUUUGCCCGUGAUCUUGAGGCGCACGUGCUGCAACCUCUCGACAAGUUUGCCACACUUCCGGCCCCACACGCUGGCCCUGCCGCCGGGCCGCGGGGCCAGCACGUGGCCGUUCUCGUGGGCGGGCGCGGUACUCGCUCCGCUCUCCACGCUCCGCAGCCUCUCUUCCCGGUGGUAUCGGGCAAUGUGCCGCGACCAGAUGGUGACCAGCAUGGCCUGAGCCUCCAGGGUCCACGGACCCUGCGGUGAGGUCUUGGGGAAUUUCGAGGUCACCGCACGGUCUGUCACCGCACCGUUUCGGGACUCCAACAGGGAGGGGGGCCCAACCAACGCCGAUCCAAGAAAUCCACGCAGAGCUCCGAUGUUUCUGAGCGGGAGUAGGAGGAGUGAGAAUGCGGGGCGCUGUCUCUUCAAAACGAGGAUCCAACACCACAGGAUUUGUGGGACUCAUGAUCGGAGCCCGAGGUCGAUCUUUCUGCAGCAUUCUUCGAGCCGGAUCACUCUGCGAGGGUCCGCGGGCCCAAGACCUGGAAACAGACGAUUCAUUGCGCGAAGAACUUGCAACGCCAGGAAAUCUCAGCGUAUGUAUAAGAAACGCUGGGAUUGAGCAUGUCAUAUUCUCGGAGAUCCUGGCGGUCGGCGUCCUCGCAGGCGACCACGAGGCGCGCCGCGCGCUCUUCGGCGCGGUGGAGGCGGCCCUUCAGGCGUUGGACCUGCGCGACGAGGGCGCGCUCGCGGCUGCGGACGGGCUCCUUGCUGAUCUGCGCCGCCUUGGAGCGCUGUCGGCUUGGCAGCUUGACAGGCUAUGCGACACGCUCGAGGUGCAGCUGGAGCUGGACUCCGUGAUGGGCUCUGCCGCGCGGGCUAGCUACGAGCAGUUGCCCCCCGUGCGCGCGGAGCGGGCCGGGGACCACCGCCUGGCCGACCUUCUCGACGCCGAGUACAGCGCAAUGCACGCCGAGGAACAGCUGCUUGGCACUGCGUGCUGAGGGUCUGACCGCGCGGCGCGGGCUUGCAAACCAGCUCGGGCCGAGGGGCCCGGCAGCAACCAGCGACAGUCGGGCUUUGUGGGCCUGCUUCCGUCAGGGAUCAGCAAUGAUGAGCAGUAGGCUUGAGCGCCUACUUGUACUUCCACUUGUGCUUACGCUGCGCUCCUGCACCUCCGUUCCGCGUGCGGCCGUGGGCCCUCUUCGCGGCGACCUGGGCGGCAGUCGGAGGCGGCGCGGGCUGUCUUCGAUGCUGCCACCACUGCAGACUCGGACGAUUCAGCCCACCCUGCAGAGCCCUUCACAUCCGCGGUCUCCGUAUCCAUCUUCUGUUCAUAUUUUCGCCUCCGUCCGCCCUUCGCC